GCCAGGAAAAUGUGUGCUUCUAUCACAUUGGAUUUAGAAUGCUGAUAAAAAUGAGACCAAACAUUUCAUGCACAUAUUUUAAAAUUCAUUUAAUUCAAACAAGCAAACUCUUUUAGCUUUUUUAAAAAUUCUUUAGAGAUGGAAACAGAGAGAAUGGACUCAUUGGAAGAUUGGGUGGCUGUGAAGGAAAGUGCCUUUGUAGAUGAAAGCACACCUCCACGACUUGUUUUUAUGGUAUCUUGGAAUGAUGUGGAACACAAGAUUGCUGUUACUUGUCGUGCCCGAAGUCGAGUGGCUCGAGAUACAGAGGAUUGUAGCAGUCGAUCAACAGCUUUCAGUAUUCAAGAACUGAAGGGUAUCAUGCAAGUGCUGUCUCUUGUGCAUCCUACUUUGGCAAAUUACUUUCCACACUUUCCAGAUGAACCUCGAGGAAUCUGGGCAAUAUUUUCCACCCCAAAGACACCUGAAAAUGCUGCUCAGAUCUGUCAGGAUUUAGAGAAGUUUUUCUUCUUGGCACUGGAUGUUUGCAAAGAAAGAUUACUGAUGGCAACACUUUUUGAAGAACCAGACACUAAAGAAUAUUUCGAAAGUAUGGGAGAGCUGCGUAAGCAAGGUCUUCUUGAGGAAAUGCGUAAUGCUGAAGAAGAGCUGAAGAACUUAGAAUUUGAAAGGGAACAGUGCACAGCCAUGAAGGACUAUGCUGAGUUGUAUGUACGAGAGGAUGUUUCUCUAAAUAAACUACUAGAAGCACUAGCUCAUUUUUACAACUGGGAACUGCAGCCUUUUUUAGACCUUCGUGAGAUGGCACUCAAGAAGGCUCAAAAUGCCAAGGACAUGUUGCAAAACCCAGAUGUUGGCAACCGAGUGAAAGAAGAAAGUAAGAAAGCAUUCACAGAGUGGCAAGCAGAACAUGUUCGUGCUCUAGAUGUGAUUCAAGACUUGUACAUAGUGUAUUAUUCUCGUACAUCAGAUUUGUACAGAGAUCUCUUAUCCAAGAUGGAAGAAGACAGACAGAGGUUUGGAAAGAAUGCAUUUGAAUUGGUAGCUGCUGAAAGAGUAUUGAGGUUAAAGACACAAAUGCAUAAAGAAAAUGUGCAACUGCUUCAGAAUAAACGAAAGCAGCAUAUCCAAGAACGAGACAAAGUGAAAGAAGAGAUUGGAUUCCUAGCAGAAAGUAGCAACAUACAUGCAGAACUGGAACGGCUGGAGAGAGUGGUGUAUCUGUGGCAAUGCCGCAUCAUGCAGAUUGAGCUGGACAUACUGCACCAGAAAGAGAUGAUAGUCCAAACACAGAUUCAGAGCCGCAGAAGGCUUAUCGAUGAGAUUCAAGAGGAAAGCAUAGUUUUCCAUGAUGCUGUGGAGGACAUUAAUGAUCUCAGUGAUGAUGAAAAUACUGAGUACAACACCUUGCCAAAGCUAUCUGACGAUGCUGAACUUAUACAGCUUCGAAAUACUCUUGCAUCUUUAAAUCGACAACGUGCAAGAAUCCGCAAUAAAAAGAAAACUUUUGAAGAGAAGUAUUUAACUAAGGAACAACAGAAAGAAGAAGAGUUUGAACGCUAUCGUAUACAUCAUGUUUUACAAGCAAAGCGAGAUGAACAGAAAGCAGAAGAUCUUAAGAAAAAGGACUUUGUUGAUGAAGAACGAAAAAAGACAAUAGAACGACUAAAGACUUUCAAACUGAAAUAUCCAGUGCCAGCAGCCAUCAAACCACCAAGAUACCAGAAGCCAAGCAGACGUCGAAUGUCGGACAGCAUGUCAGGAAGCACUAUGUCUUUAGCAUCAGACACCAGUGCCAGCAUAACAACUCGGUUUCAGAGAACACCCAACAAAAGACGUGGUGGCCAACAGGCAUCUCCUGCAUCAAAAGCAAGAGAAAAUGGAAAUAAGCCUAAGGCUCGACCAAGGAGAUUGACUGGCAAAAGUCAGGACCCCACUGACAUCCCUGUCACUAUAUUCGUUAGUGGAGCACAUACCAUGAACGAAAACCUGGAAGAUGCUGCUGGAGGUAUUUCAUUACCUUCACCCCCUGCACCUUCUAUACCUCCACCACCUCCUCCUCCUCCACCACCUCCUCCUCCACCACCACCACCACCUCCUCCUCCUCCAUCUCUAAUCUUUCCAAACCGUGGAAAUCUGUUUGGGGGAAGUGAUCUUGCCAAUGCUAAGAGCAUGCUGAAACAACGUGAUCAUACAUCAGAGACUUCAGCCAAGGCAUCAUCAGGACUGAACCUAGAUGAAAUACGGUCGGGACGAGGUCUCCUGAAGCCAGUUAACAUAAGGCCACAUAAAGAACUACCUAAUGAAAGUGAUCCAAUGACUAGCAUAUUUGACCUCAUACGGAAUGGAGUGCAGCUGAAACCGAUCACCCAUGAUUCACCGCCUCCUUCGAUGACUGAUUCUCAUCAGCAGUUACUGCGCAAUACCUUAGCAAAUAUCAACCGCGUGACUCACGAAAUGUCACCAGACAUCGACAGUAAUGAUGAGGGAGAGUUUGAUGACUAAAGCUUGGAUGCUGAACCUUGUGACAUAAUUUUGCUUGUUUUCCACCAUAACAGCCUUUUAACAUUCUAAGCUUUGUGCUACUUUAAUCAUCAUACGACCAUUAGGCUAUCACAUUUUAGUGGACUGGCAAUCAGAAUGAUUCAGUAACCUGCCGGUGUCUAGUAAGUUAAUCAGUUGUAUGUUCUCCCUUUUUUUUUUUUCUCUAAGUGUUUUUUUCUUAUUGGUGUAUGUUAUUUCUGAUGGUCUUCCACUACAUGCACAUCAAAGCAGGAGACAGCAGACUUUUUAUCACUGGAAAAGUUUCUUGAAAUGAAACCAUCUUCAACAUGCACAGAAGUACACACUGCUAAUUAUUUUAACCCAGGCUUGUUAAGAGCCAAGAGAAAAGCAAGUGAGUUUUCUGGGAAGGGUGGCUACUUAGAUAAAGGUAGCAAUACAUUUAUUUUGAAUAUGGUGUUAAAAUUUUAAGUGCAGAGCUGUUUUUGUUUUCAAUCACUGACAUUCACUUUACCUUAUCCAUCUUUUUUUCACAGCCAGAGGAAAGUAAAUGAUCCUUUCAGUGUUUGGGUUGGACUGUGCAAGUUUUGUAGAGCUGUUUCCAUUCAUAGUGACAGAGUAGUAAUCAUUAAACUUCCGGUAAACAGUAUACAGCAGUUGUGGACCAUGACAAUAUACAUAAGCAUUCAAUGCAUCCCAACAGUCUGUCACUCCACCUGUAACUUGAUGAGAUAUGGUCUUUAAUGCUUUCAUUUCCAGAUUCUCCUGAGAUAUCUAAAUGGUCAGAUUAUUAGUUGGAAUUAUUAAAGAAAGCUUAAAAUUUGAUCUUAACAAUUUCCAAAUUAACUAUAAUCAAGGAGAAAAAUCUACAACUCCAUGUAGAAAAAGGGUUUGAUUGAAAUAGUUAACAUUGUUAAUUGAAGGCUUUUUGUAAAUUAGCAAUUCAUUCCAAGUGUAACUGGCUCAUUUAGAAUAUUUUAGAUAGAUCUCUGCUCAUUCCUUGUGCCACUUCUCGGAGCUGUUUACUGUUCCCCAUCUUUUUUUCUUCACAGUUGUUUGCCAGCCAUAGAUGUACAUGAAUAGGCUGCCCCUCUAACCCUUUCCUUACAGUUCACAUUGCUGAUCUCCCAUGAUGAUUAUGUUUACUUUUAGCUUUUGGUUGUCUGGAAAAUCAGCUACUGCCUGUAACUUUGAAGCCUGCUUGUUAGAUUAUGAGACCAGUCUUCAUAAAUCAUGUUCAGUGUUUGUAAAAUAUUCAUAGGCUUUACCAGAACAAGAAUGCUGCACUUUUUUUUUCAAACUUGUAAAGUCAAAUUAUUGUGAAACUGUAUUAACAUUUAUGCUAGGCUAAGGUACCAAUCAAAGUUUUCAUUUGAAUUUCUGCAAAGGUCAUCUUUAAUGUUUCUAUGAAAUUAUUUUAUAUAAUACUUUGCAUGAUUCAGAGGACAACAGCAAAAUGGACAGCAUGCAACAAAUCUUUAUUGUGUCUAUUUGACACUGAUGUUUUGAAAGCAAGAAAAUUAGUGUUUCACAUGUAACUAGAGUGUUAUUAAUGGUGGUUUCAAAAAUGUUAAGCUGUGAUCGAGUUACAAAUGAAUUGCAUGUAUAUUUAUUUGUGCUUUUAUACAAAAUGAUUGUCUAAUACAUGCAGUCACACAUUUGUUGUAUUCUGCAACUGCACAUACCAGUCAUUCUUUUUACCUCGCUAGGUAAGCUUUUGUGUGUGGACCUCUUAUUUAUAUCUUCCAGACGCACGAGAGUACGCUGCUCUUUUAUCUGACAUUACAUAGCCCGUUUAUGGACAGCAUGGCAUAAAACAUGAUUUUAUAAUGUAAAAUGACACUGACUGGAUAAAAAUGAUGAAUGCAUAUAAUUUCAACUUCACUUUAUAUGCAAGUGCUUGAAUGUAAUGUGGAUGAUUAAAGUCUCACCUGCUAAUGACAAACAUUCACAUUUACCCAAGAUUUUAAGAAAUGUAAACACAUGAAGGCUGUAUACAUUUUACUAUGACAUAGUAAUAUUAAAUAUUACAAAUGCC